AUGGCCGAGGGAUUAAGUCUUCGUGGAACUUUAAAAGGACACAAUGGCUGGGUAACUCAAAUUGCCACUAAUCCGCAAGAUCCAGACAGGAUUUUGUCCGGUUCUCGGGGUACGUAUAAGAAUACGUAAGAAGGAUGAACGUAGAAUUUUACUUAAACUUAGUUUGGUGUGUUUCUUGGUAUUUUUGUUUAGAGUCCCAUAUUGGAGAAUGACCAAUAAUUUCUAUUCCCCAAAUUUUCACUACAAAUAUUUUAACAACAGAAUUCGAUUGAUAAUACAAACUGCACACACAUCCUCAGCUGUUUAUGUUUGGUACUGCCAGGCAUUACGAGUCAACCCUUGUAUCUCUUCACAUCUUGUGCAGCCACUGUUACUGUUAUGCAGUACGUUUUAACCCGGCCAAUUAUUGGUAUCUCGUUGAGUAAUAAUUAAAAAACUAUUCUGUUUAUGCUUAGUUCUUUAAAGCGUUCCAACAAGUGGUUGGGUAUUCUGAAAUUGCUGGAACACCAAUGUUGGUCAAACAUAUCAGUAACUGGUCUGUUCCAUUGUGGAUGGAAAUAAACCGGAUCUGUCUCAAUACCUGUCGUUAUGUUAACAUGUGUUUAGGCAAUUGAGACGCGCCUAGGAAAUCAUUUCUGGUGUGAUGGGGAAUGGUCUGUCUGACUGGGUGAUCACGAUGACGUGAAUACAAACAAGGUCUAUGUACACUAUACAUCGGCGGGUUUUCAGAUAAUCAUCAGUAUCAUCUUGAUUGUCCCGAAAUUCUUUCCUUUUUUUUUAGGUUUUCGCAAAAUGUCUUUAAUUGUUUAUCAGUUUUGUACAUUAUUAUUACAUUUUUGUUGGAGAUUUACAGUCAAACCUGGAAAAAUUUCUGGAAUGUUUAUUAUUGUGUGCACGAAAAAAGCCAAUCAGGCUUGAGAAAACUAAAUCCAAGCAUGAACGUUAAUUAGGUUGUGGUUUUGUGGUUAGUUCGCCUGUCCUGAUCUUUGCUGUGAUGGGUCAUAACAUAAUAAACAUUCCUGAGGUAUUUCAAGUGUUCACGGUUUUGCCGGUUUGCCUGCACUUGUUUCAUUGUGUCUUUGAGCCUCAUAUUUUAGCUUUAUAGCGAUAAUGUAGUUGUUGUGGUUCAGUUUUAUCCUUGGUUUAAACUUUAUCUGCCUUUGUUUUAAACUAUUAACAUACAUUACCAAACCCAAAAACGAAGGUAAAUGAAGUUUAAACCAAGGAUAAAAUAUAAAAUUGAACCUCAACAUAUACAGAGGAUAUUACAUGGCCGCAUGGAGAUACGAAAUAUUUUUCAACACAAGAAGAGAAAUUUUGUAUCUCCAAGUAAUCAUGUAAUGUUGUAUUUAUUAUAUAAACACCAAUGAAAUGCCAAACCAUUUCACUUAAAUAUUUUUUUGCUGCAAAAUGUGCAAUUUAUUAUGCAGCCAUAGCAACCGUGAUUUUUUUAAAUGUGAAAAUAACAUCUUAUUUUCUCAUGUGAAAAUAUCAUAUUUUCGCACGAAAGCUAAUGUGGUUUUUUAUUGGUGUUUAUAUAAUAAAUAGCCAUUUUCCAACAUUUUUAGUUAUCUCAGCCAUACAUUAAAUAAAUGAUCCUUGUUACCAAGGCAAACACUGAGGUUAAACUGCACAAUUGAUAUGUGACUUUUCAGAUAAAACACUUAUUGUGUGGAAACUAACUCGUGAUGAGACUAACUAUGGUGUAGCUGAGAGGUCUCUUACUGGCCACAAUCAUUUCAUUUCUGACGUGGUCAUGUCCUCUGAUGGUCAAUUUGCUCUCUCUGGCUCUUGGGACAAAACUCUCAGACUUUGGGACCUGAAUGCGUAAGCUAUUGGAUUUUUAUUAACAGAUAAUGUAAGAUUUGUACCUUCCUAGGGGCGGUUUUACAUUUUCAGAUCACAGAUCACAAAUUUAGGCAAAGAUCACCAAAUUUAAGGAACAUUUAUAAUAACAAUUAAGGCCUCGGUAUAACGAAUGAUACUUACAACACUCCAGUAGUAUUAAAAUGUAUAGAAAAGAACCUUGAUAUAACAAAAGCCUUGGCAGAGAUAUAUUGCCAAUCCCUUGGCCAUAGUUACAUUGAGGUUCUACUGUACAGAGCUAAAUUGUUAGCUGGUCUGUUUUCAUCCAUGAUUAUGCAGUGGGAAAUCAAAGUUUUUAAACCCUUUUAAAGAAAAUACAGUCAUUUUCCCAUGAUGGACCACCCAAAAUACAAAGGUUAAGUGGUCACUUACAGGAGGUCCAGGGGACCCGUGCUUACGAGAAUUAAACCACCUUGGGACUCUUCCGAGAAGAGGUCCCCAUGCAUCUACUCUUUUGGACAGAAUUUAUUGCAUGCAAUUUCUGAGUUACCUAGUUGUAGUUUCAUGUUGUCACUAAAAGUUCUUCAUAUGUUCUGAGUAGUGUUGUACAUUUAGCGAACUAAGAGGUCAGACCAUGUGAAAACAGUGGAAAAUUAUAAAACCAUCACCCCAAAAGGUGGUUGCAGUCGCUUGCAAGAGGUUCCAACUACAGGGCUUAACUGAAAAAUUUGGUGUUUUGGAUCUGUGGUUGCUUAUGGGAGGUGGUCACUCGUGAGAGUUGGUCACACAUGGAGGUUCGACUGUACAUCAAUGACUAAAUUUUUGACAAGCUCCCGCAAGCAACUGUUAGCUAGGCAAAGCUGAUUUCUUGUGUUACUCUCGCCCCCGUUCAUAACUAAAAGCUAUUCCAAACUUCUGAUUAUGUUACCAGUGAAGGAAAAUUUUAAUGUUGUAGUAUUAAAGUAAUUCUCUGUCCUACCUUUUUCAUUUAAACAGUGGGACCACCACCCGUCGGUUUAUUGGUCACACCAAAGAUGUAUUGAGUGUGGCAUUUUCUGCUGACAACCGUCAGAUCGUGUCAGGAUCACGCGACAAGACCAUCAAGCUGUGGAAUACUCUAGGCGUUUGCAAGUACACCAUUCAGGUACUUCAUUGAAUAUCAAAAAUGUUAUUUCUUCAAUAAACCUUAAGUCCUUGAAAGGCCCUCUAAAGAAAUUUCAGAUUUCAAGAGCACUUGAAGAGCCAUUGAAAAGGACAAUUUCUGCUGAAAGUGCUUGAAAACUCCUUGAGUUUUGUUGGGGUGGAAAAGAAUAUGUAUUAUGACUUAGUAAUUCAAAGGUAAAUCACAAAUGUGAAAAUCGGGAACAGAUAAUUUUUGGGAAAAUGCAUCUCAGCCUGUGCUAAACACUCCUUGACAGACUGGUUUUUUUGCUUUAACGUCCUUAAAAACUCCAUGAAUUUUAUGUCUAAACAUUACACUACACUACACUUGCAGUACGUCUUGGCAUAUAAACGCCAAAUAAAUCACCCAAUUUGUGAAUUUCACUGGAAUUUCAGUUGCCAAAGUUUUUCUACCCACCAUGGCGACCAAAAUCAGGGAACUUAAAUCACUGAAUACAGUGCAACCCCUUUAACGUGACCAUUGUUGGCCCAUAAAGUCCUUGCGAUAAUAACAAGAUGGUUGUAUUAACAGGAUCUUUAAAGUAAUAAAAUGACCAGUGUUUCUUCAAUCGGGGGUGGUGAUAAGGCGGGGAUCCACUGUACCUUCAACCAUUGACAAUACACAAAUUCCUUGACUCUAAUGAUGACAGCGGGGGUUGUCAAAAAGUAGACACGGUGGCCAAUAGUCCUUCUCAAGACUACAUUACCCCAGACACUCAUAUUCAAACUGCUUUUGUCUUUUGUCCACCAACAGGAUGAGGGACACACUGAGUGGGUGUCCUGUGUAAGGUUCUCUCCAAACUCCAGCAAUCCCAUCAUUGUAUCUGCUGGAUGGGACAGAAUUGUCAAGGUACUGCUCAUUCAUUUUGUAUUGACAUUGGAAACCCAAUGUGUUGAACGUCUGGUAGUGUUUUUGGGCUUGAAGACAUCUUAACAUUGGUUAUUAUUAAACCUUCUCUUUAAAAGACAGUUCUUUUCCAGGCACCCCACAUGACAGUUGCUCCAAAGUACUGGAGCAAAGUCAUUCAAUUUUUCCCCAGAGUCUUGCUUGAUUAACAAGGAUUGCGCAUUGCAUCCUUUUCAAUAUCAAAGUAUGGAUAGACUGACAAUGACAACACAAUGACUCUGAAUGAGGAUUCUGACAUUUUAGUAAAGAUUUCAAAGAGCAAUAUGGAGUUCUAGAUAGCAUAGAUGUAUCGAUGCAUGGACUAGAUAUUCUGCUGUUCAUAAACUCUUGUGAUAUUUUUAUCAAAAGCAUAUCAGUUCUGUAGUAGCCUGCAAGAGGAUCAGGUUUUUUCGGCUGAGGUCGCGAUGAGUCACUCGAGUUGCAUUCUGUCCUUUGUUCUGAUUGGCGAAAAUCAAAACAAAAGGUUUUACAUCACGGAAAUCGUUUUUGCCGCUCAUAUUCACAGCCCUUUUUUUUCGGAGGGAGAGAAGCGACAAGGUGAAAUAUGUCUGCAGUUCACAGGCUAGUGUUGUAGGGACUGUUACAAAAAUAAAAAUAAACCCUCUCUCUUUUAAACACCUCUUAUCUAUUAAACUCCCCCUCUUUAACCCCUAUGAUUAAAUCAUUUAUAGUAACUCAAUUUAUUGAAGAGCUAAAUCUAAGCUUUACUCUUGUGGCUCAACAGGUAUGGAACCUGACAAACUGCCGUCUCAAGACCAAUCACAUGGGCCACUCUGGAUAUCUGAAUUGCGUGACUGUCUCUCCUGAUGGUUCACUGUGUGCUUCAGGUGGCAAGGACGGCCAGGCUAUGUUGUGGGACUUGAAUGAGGGAAAGCACUUGUACACCCUCGAAGGAGGUGAUAUCAUAAAUUCAAUGUGCUUCAGCCCCAACAGAUACUGGCUGUGUGCUGCAGUAGGACCGUCCAUUAAGAUAUGGGUACGUACAGCAUAACAAGGUUGAGCCCAAGUAUUUGGUUUUGUGGAUUGACCCUCCUACCCCACACCCUUAACCAUUUAAGUUCAAUUUCAUAAAGACUCCUGUGACUGUUACUGGUACAGGAGAAAAAUUGGCCAAGGGCGGAUUAAGGGGUGGGCCCCAGGGGGCCCCAGCCCCCCUUGUGUCUGGGAAUAUUUUUCUUUUGUAAAGAUGUGUCGGAUGGUACUUCAAGCUUUGUUACUUACAUACGUUUUCUUUGAUAAACAUUGUUAAUAAGAAAGUUUAUAGAACGUUGUCUUCGCCGGGAAGUUAUCUUCUCGCCACAAUCGCUUCAGCCCUAGACUUUCCAAAAAGUCCUUCAUCGGAGCCAAACAAGGCUCGCUCCGCUCGCCAAGAGGUCGACUUGAAGCAAGUCUACUUCAGUCCUUGCUAGCAUCAUAAAGUGUUAAUUACUUCUUUGACGACUACCACACCUCUGGUUUAUUAAAUAUUUCAGCAUUACAUGUUCAAUAUGGAAUCCAGACAUUUGCUAAGAGCGCUAGAUUGCUUCUCAGAGAACUUCAAUCUCAAAAAUUUUCCCGGAGGAGCAUGCGCCUGAAACUCCCUAAAAAGUGCACCCUUAAUAGUCCUGAUGGGCACUAUGGUGCCUAUAUUGCCACUGUGUACUAUAUUUCUAGGCCCCAUCUAUCCUCCGUCCGCCCGUGUUGGCCGUUAACUGACCGACAAGUCCCCAGUAAAGAUCGUAGGAACAAUUGCAAGACACAUUUUUGCUCCAGUUUGAAAGGUGACUACUUUGUUAUUAUUCUGUCCUAGGAUCUGGAGGUCAAGUCGGUUGUGGAUGAACUAAAACCUGACGUCAUCAACAUGGGAGGCAAAGCUCCGGCUGCUGACUGUAUCUCUUUAGCCUGGUCAGCGGAUGGUCAGACACUGUUUGCAGGCUACACUGAUAACGUGAUCCGCGUGUGGCAAGUUACUCGAGUUUAAAACUGUAAUACCUGUUUGGCACCAGAGGAAUUUUACAUUAAU